AUGUACAUUAAACGACUCGAAAUCGAUGGCUUCAAGUCCUACUCGAAAUUGCAAGUGAUUGAUGGAUUUGAUACUCAAUUCAACGCUAUAACUGGUUUAAAUGGUACGGGAAAGUCGAAUAUUCUGGAUUCGAUUUGCUUCGUGCUAGGAAUAACGAAUCUUACUCAUAUCAGAGCAGGUCAGCUUCAUGACUUGGUCUACAAACAAGGCCAGGCGGGUAUCACCAAGGCAACUGUAACGAUAACAUUUGAUAACAAAGACAAGAAACAUGGACCAAUAGGGUAUCAUCACUGUGAUGAGAUAGUUAUUCGUCGACAGAUUAUUGUUAACGGACGUAACUCAUAUACUAUUAAUGGAAGCACUGCAACAAAUGCGAAGAUGAACUCCGAGCACUGCGAGAAAGUUGCUGUGGAAAAAGCAGAAGAAAUCAAAUCACUGGAAGGUGAACUAAGGGAAAUUGAAGCUGUCCUAGAGUCCCAACAGGAAGAUCUUACUCGUGUGGAGGAUGCUAAGAAAAGACGUCAUGCUGAGGCGUUUUCGUCAUUGGAGGGAAACGUUGCUGAGGAGCUCGCAAGAAUUGAAGCAUGUGAUGAGGAAAAACGUGAAUGUAAAGAAUCUUUUGGAGAGAUUCUAACAGAAUAUGAAGAGAAGCGGAAAUCUCUGAACAACGUGGGUAACACUUUCUCACUUUCGAUUUAG